UAAGUGCACAAAGGGCAAAUUAGCAUAACAAUGGAAGAUGACGUAAUAGUUAAUUUGCAUAACAAUGGAGUGUAUGAAUGGCAAGAUGACGUCACACGAUGAAUAUUCAUGAGUAGAACAAUGGAUAAACAAAGGGAACAAUGGGAGACCUCCUCGUGAAAGUAGGUGCACAAUAGAGGGUGUAAUGAAUAUGCAUGAACAGUCGAAAAUGAAAGUAAGUGCACAAUAGAGGGUGUAAUGAAUAUGCAUGAGCAGUCGAAAAUGAAAGUAAGUGCACAAUAGAGGAUCUCAUGAAUAUGCAUGAGCAGUCGAAAAUGAAAGUAAGUGCACAAUAGAAGGUGUAAUGAAUAUGCAUGAGACAGGGUUGGUGACAUGUCCAAGGUAUGUUACCUAGCAACAAGAUAAACAAAAACCUAGCAACAAGGUAAACACAACUGAUGAGAUGUAUUUUUAACCCAGUUCUAUUGUUCGAAGGUUAAAAUUAGAAACGGGAACGAAUGAAACAAUAGGAAAACUUGAAUAGUUGCUUGAGAACGGGAAAACAUAGCAACGUUGUUUGGGCAAACAGCAAAGCACGCGCUCCGCAGUUUUCUUCCACACGAUUGGUGGAAAUGUUUAUGACGUUGCUUAGGCUUACAAUCUCAUUGGUCAUGUCAAACACGUGAUCCUCUGCGUAGCAACGUGAAGUAUGUCAUAUAAGCGGGAAAUUUGAAAUUCUCCUCAUUUUACGACACACCACCUGUACAACCGCACGUAUCGCAGCUGUCAGCAAAUUUCUGUUACAGUUUCUAUCAUACCCUACCAUGACGGAUAUUUCAAAUGCCUGUGGAAGCGUAUUCGAAGCCGAACUCAAGCUGGCCUCCAAAGAAUUGCAAGAGGGAUGGCAGGUGGGGUUUAGUUCGCGAGAGAACAAGGCCUAUUAUUUCAAUACUUCGACGGGUGUUACGCAGUGGGAAAGUCCGUCCCCAGCAAUAGAAGAGGAAUCCGACAAAGACAGUAACACGGUGACAAGAUUGUCUCAACACCCUCCAUCUAUGGAGCAGAGACCAAUACUGCCUUCUAUGCCAGCAGGUCUGCACCCACCCCCAACACCAGUACCUGCCCACCACACUAAAGAUAUCUUCCGCUUCCCCGAAGGGACACCCACGCCAGUCUCCACACCGGAUAAGAGGAAAGCAUCCACGUCCGUUGAGAACGCGGAGAAAGACCACGCUGCAGCAAAGAAGGCAAGGAAGCAGCUGAAGCUAGACAUUCCAGCCAAUAUCCCAGAAGCCCCGAGGAAAGAAGUCGAUAACGACGGAAAAGUUGAAGGAUUCCCGGAAGAUGUCCACGCCGUUCCUCUAGGGGAAAAUGGCAAGCGAUUCAUGAAGAUACUGGAGGGAUUCGUAGUAGUAGAGCUAUUCCGAAAGAUCUCCAGCUUGAUGAUACCGAGCCAGGCAGAUUGUGACGGUUGCCUCCAUCACUAUCCAUCGUCCUACCAUGCAUGUCUAAACUACAAAAUGCCUUAUCACUGGAACAAUAUAACGAUCUCUGAACUUAUUGAACCAGGGGCUGUAAAGGUAUUCAGGAAAAUUGAUAAAGGAAAACUGUUAAAGGAAUGGAAAGUAUUUUAUGCCCACAUUGCAACGGAUCAGAGUGAUGUCUUUCUCUGUCCAACUGGUACGUGGAAUACACUUGUAAGGGAACUCCUUGUCAAAUAUGUUGAUGAUGUGGACUAUUUCCUAAAUACCUAUGAGCAAUGGUAUGAGAAAACCCCCAGUUUUGAUUGCGUUAGGCAUCAGGAUAUUGUAGAUCUGUACAAUGUUAAGGAUAGGAAAUUUGAAUCCCCAUCCUUUGAUGAUGAUAUUCGUGAGAUGUAUAUCGAUAAAUUAGACGAUGAUUCUGAAGCAUCCGAGGAAGAGGAAGGGGAAGAAGAAUAUACCAUAUCCCCUCAGCGUCUUGAUUUUUAGAUGUCAAUAAACUGUAAAAUCUUCAAUCUCUAGAUCAUAUUUAUGGCAAGUGUUUGACUAUUAUGCAUUUAUAUGUUGUAAGAUAAUCGUGUGGAAAUGCGAAUGACCUAUUUGAAAGAUUCAUGUAAAUAGAGUAAAUACAUGUAAUAAAGUUACC